AUCCUCACCUUGCUUGCCACCUGAACUACCUCGAUCGCCCUUAGACAGACGCAGCCUUUUCGCGGUUGUGAAUCAUGGGAUAUCUGAAGGAGUAUGUUGAUCGAGGAGUGCAAACUUCAUCGGUUGGUGUUCCUCAAGCAACCUCCGAUGACUGUGACUCUAGGCCGCUUUCACGCGAGAUCACAAUCGAAUUGCCAUCAGUCGACUCAGAACUACCUCCCUCACCUUUUCUUGUUGAUGAUAACAACGCAUAUAGUCGGUCCAAUCUCCAACAUAAUAGCCCCGUUAGCCCCAUGUGCGCACCCUUGAUAUCUCGUCGCGUUCCUAGGCGCAAAUUAUUCUUAGUCGAACGUCGCCCGGAAGGAAAAACUGUCGAAAGACGAAUGAUUUCCAUGCCGGACGACAUGUUGGCGCGGCAUAUCAACUUGGACUCUCACAACGGCAUGCGGGUGGUUUCCAUGCCUGAGUACCUCGCGGCUGCUGCUGACCUGUCUCUGGAUUCGAUCGAGUCUCCUUCCGCAGGUGCAUCCUUCGGAUCGUCAUACGUUGAAAAACGCCAUCGAGUCAGAGUUUGUCCCCCGCCUUCAGAUGUCCCGCACACGCCUUCUCCACCGUCGUCUCCCGAGUCGAUCCUCAUCAUCGACAGUCAUACGCAACUUCCUGACGGAUUCCUACGACAAAGAUAUUCCAAAAAGUCACCUUCACCCGGAAAUGGCUGGACGACAUGGGCAAGUUCUCCUCCCCGCCCUAUCCCAGCACUUCAUGGUCCGCUUUCUCUCCCAUAUGCUCGCUGUCCAUCGGGAGCUGAAGGGACGAUCAUCGAGGAGCCAGGCAACGUAUCUCGAAUGAUAUGGGGUUUAGGCCAAAGCGAAUCUUGUCAAUAUCGUGGUGAUAGUGAGCAUACGGAUGACGAAACACGUCAUAAAGCCUUCCCUCACUCCCAAGUCAAACAGCAAACGCAAAAGAGAGACACGCUCCAAAAACCUUGUCAGGUACGAACGGCCGUGAAUAACAAGAAAACGUUCAAAGGGGUCGCUGGCGGAGGAAAUUCCACUACCUAUCGUUAUCCUGACUAUGAACGUCGCAUUCAUGGACACUCACAGACAUCCCAUCCACGUGAGUCAAAAGCUGAACCAGCCAUUCGCGGUCUUCCUUUUUCAGGUUCUUGGCGAUCAGAAACCGAUAUACCGACUAUUCGCGAAUCGGAGGUUCACGAAAGAGGCUUUGGCUCAUCGUUCAAUGAUCAAAAACUUUUCUUGGAUUUACAACUCGCAUUCACACAGCAGUCGCUCCAGAACACUGCACUCAAUCAAGCUUACCCUGAAGGUCUUAAGCCAGUUUUUCCGGUUUCGAAUCAUCCUCGCACCACUCCGGUCUACCCGAAAAUCUUCGUAGAACCACGUCUCAAUGAGGUGGUCAAUGCAGCACAACGUCAGUCCGCCAUGGAGAUUGCUCAGCAGUAUCGUCAACGUCAGGAGUUCCGUCUCAAGCAACAGGCUGGUUUGCCUACUCCGCCAAGUUCUUCUUCUCCCCAGUGGUCAUCAAACUUCUCGCCUUAUCAGUAUCCUUCCUUAUCUCCGGAGAUGGUCAUUCAAAACACCCCAGGUCUGCCUUAUCAUACCCAGCAAACACAGCUCCCCUUUUUGGAUGCAUCCCACCAAGCUAGGCUCUUGUACGAUCGUCAGGAUAAUAAUGUCGAUACUCGUUUUCACGAUGGAAAUGGUGGCUUUGGUUCGCGCUAUGACAGGGACGUCCCUUCUGCAGUCCAUCAGCAUCCUUCGGAUGUUUCUGGCGGACUGGCCAACUAUCUGCGCGAUCGGCAGGCACUGUCUUCUCAGCAGCUUCGUCAUACUGGUACCGCUGAAUUUCCUCUUACGGCAGCAGCUCGUCACCCCGUCAGUGCUGGUCGUACCGUUGUCUCCGUUGCUCCUCCCUCACCUGAGUCCCCCGGGUCGCGGUCUCGCAGUAUCUCCUAUCAGCAACCUAGGUCUGUUCCCCUUGCGCGAUUGAUACAACGUCGACUGUCUUCUGUACCAGAAGAAGAGCUCAAUGGUCUUGCAAACAUCUCGUCUACACCUGCUUAUCGGUUCACCGAUUGUCACCAGCGCAGUCUCUCCUCCCGCAACUAUUCCGACGACAAUGUAACACCUCGCGGAUACCACCAAGAACAGCAUCUUGGCGUUUCUGCUGUUAGUCAUAUGAGCGUUCCUAGCCCGGACUCCGUUGACGAAUAUGAAGCCCAGCCGUACUCGUUCCCUCAUGGAGCAUCGCCCGCAAAAGUUCGUCUUCCUUCGGCGCAGGAACAGGAAGAGUGCUUUUAUCAAAGCCCCAUGCAAUCGCGGUCCAAAGGAGAGGGAGUUGUGGACACGUCCCAGCAGCUCAAGAAGAAGUCACGCGGGAGGAAAACAAGGAACAACGCAUGUUCAGUUUCUGCUCGAUGAAGUUCCUACCAGACUGCGGUUUUUUACCAAUCACGAUUGUCUUCUUCAAACAUCGUUUUUCAUCCUUUUUUUUUUUUUUUUUUUUUUU